UUUUUCUAGGUCAAACAUUCCAAGUAACAUCACAGGARGCUACAAAGCUGAGUCUGGCAUUCUCAAGGCCUCCACUACCUUCUGCUGAGGAUUGCCGGAAGCUGAGUGAAGAUGUCCAAAAUGCCAUUCUUGCAGUUGCCACAGUGUACUACUGGCUCCCCAAGGGCCAAGGUACUACUCUUCGGAAGAUGGUACGAGAUGCUACCACUGAAGUUGUGGAAGGGAUGAUUCAACUCACAGACACAAUUCUCAAUGCUCCAAUGGAGAGCUUGUCUCAGGAACAGCUUAUAUCAACUGGAGGUGUGUGGGAGGCCUGUGAGCAAGUGUCUAACCUGCCACGAGAUAACCAAGCAGCAGUUGUGUCGKCCCUGGCUGCAUGUCUAGGUGUGGUCAAGGAUGCUGUGGAGGAGAUGGAACAUGCACUGGUGGAAGGGCAGGAUCCCUAUGGGGACAUCAUGGAAGAUGAAGAGCUGGGCUUUCGGGGCAACAGAGACACGUAUUGGUCAGAGGCUGAUCGGCAGCUGCUCAGCUCCUGCAUGGGAUUAAUGAAGGCUUCCAAAGCUUGCCUGAAGAAGGUCUUGGCUGCAGUGAAGGCCCAUGGCAAAGCUGAAUCUCCAGAGCAGAUUGCUCAGCUGGAUGACCUGGCAGACAUUGCUAAUGAGAUCAGUCCGAGUGUUGAUGAGCUGGCMCUGAGCAUGUACCCACCUGUGAACCCCUUGGCUGUGCGACUUAAUGCUGCUAAGUUGGCCUCAGUGUUAAAGAAAGUCUUAGAGAUUGCAAAGACAAGCCAUGUAUGUCCACCAUCAGAGGACAGCUGGGUGCAGUUUCUAACUGGUGCAGUAGAUCACAACAUGAACAAAGUCAAGAACUUUACACAGGGUCAACUUUAGCUCUUCUGUGCCUACGUGUGUUGCUGCCAUUGGCUUUGGCAUCUGCAUUUCCAAUGAACUUUGCUGUUCUUCAGCUGUUUGGAAAAUAAUGAGAACAAUAUAGAAGAGAACUUUACUCCACUUGGAAAAACUUCAGGAAGUUCCUCUUUGCCAUUGGAGAAUGUGUCAUCUUGCUUGGAUUCUUGGGAUAGUGUGAUUCUGCAUCUUAACGUGUCCCGUUCUUCAGACAUUACAACUACUGUGGGGUUCAGAGACAAAUAAAAUAUUGCUAGAUUUACAUUAGUUGCUUUAUCUGUCUUCAGAGGGCCAAGGAUAUAUAUAACAAAUGAAAGGGUCUUGCUUCUUUUGCAAGCAGCCCAGUGAAUAAUUAUAAACUGUGCUGCACUGCUGCUAUUUCCUGUCUAGUCUUGGGGAGCAGUGAACAAGCUUUCUCUUUUUUAUUUCCUYAGAAAGCGGCAGAAAAUACUGCCUUACCAAUGUCAAGGAUCUGUAGGGGAAGAAAAGUAUAUCCCUAGAGACAUGCURUAUCUCUCAUCACUCUAAAGUUCCAGGAUAUCCUUUACUUUGUCACAGGUAGGGCAAAAGACUUAAGCACUGGUGAGUGCAGCACAUGUGUGGUAAGAAAUGCAACAUCUGCUUGAGCAUUCAGCCCAUCUUUGUCACAGUGAGGUUCAGCUUCUAAAACUGGAGAGUGGACCUAGUGGCAGGUGGGAGAGAGUUGAGUUUGUACAAAUAAUCAAAAUCAGGCAUGGUUUUAAAUAUAACUUUUAUUAAACUGUUAAUAUCUAUGCUUGUUUAGGAUCAGGGCACAGAUCACGACCACUCUUUUGUAAGCAGGACAGCAGGACCUGUUCUGAGUUGGUCCUCAGGCAGCUGCCAUGUUGGUAGUUCUGUAGCUCUUCAGGUUCUGGAGCUGGAGGCAGCUAAGACGUGCAGUGAGUCUUCCAGGCCCUGCUCGGGUGGGGGUGAAUGGGAUUUGCAGCUCCUGAGUGCUUUUAGCUUGCACAGAGCCCAACCUGAAAAGCAAGAAGGGAUUAUAUAGGAAUCACACCUCUUUGUGCUUUUGGUUUUCUGGGCCUAGGACAUGCAUUUGCUGRACAGGAAUAUGGUGCCAAAAAGAAGGAAAGAAAAGGAAAAAAAAAGAAGAAUAGAAGAAAGCUGGCAGUUAUCUACAUUACCACAGUGAAAUUGUCAUCUAAUAGUAGUUUGGGAUGGAGAUACAGCAGGAGAAUUGAAACUCCCUACCCAGAUGUCAAAAGGGGACUUUGUCCUAAUGCACUUCUUGAGAGAAAUGUGAGGUGUUUCAUGUGAAGGGGAGCAUGCCUAUUAGAAUGACUCUUAGCUAAGUCAUAUUUGCUUGGUUUUUCAGUAGAGAAGGGGAAGACACUGCUGUCUUUAUUGUUUACAAUGGGUAAUGGGUGAAAAGAUACAAACUAUACAAACAGUAUAGUUUUACUCCACUUAAGAAUGUUCAAGUUGCUCACUAAAAAUUGAUUUUUCAACAGCAAGUAAUUUCUAAAUUUCAUCACUUAUUUCAGUGACCUCUAACUGUUGUAUUAUUUAAUGUGUGUUUCUGACUAAGUCUUGUGGCAUUUCUCUGGUUAUACUUUUUGUUAGCAGGAGGUUUAUUUCCUUUUGCUGUCUAGGCCUUUGGGUUGAAGCUUUCACAGAUGCCAUAUUGGCUUCAAGUUAUGUAUUACACAUCUAUUGAAGUUCUCUUAGCUGACUUUUCUCCUUUUGUGUGAAAAUCAUCUGCAUUUUCUGUAAAUAAAAGAUGGGAUGCCUGGGGCUUUCAUGCAAUAGUAGUAUCUUCCUGCCCUGUUGUUGCCUGGUUAUUUUUGGGAACAGCUUUUCCUGUGCAAGGGUUUCUCUUGCUUGUAUUGUGUCUCUUUAUCCAUUUGCUGUAUUUAGGCCAGUCAAUUUGCACUUACCUGUAAUUCCKUUGUCUGUAAAUGAGCCCUCGCCCUGUGACUGCUAUCACACACUGCUCCAGGGGUUCRGUGAGAGGGUUAUGGAGGCUGAUCUUUGCUGUGCUUGGCUGGUACUGUACCAUGUUUUCUGGAAACUGUUGAAAGAAGGAAAUGAGCUGAAACUGAGAACAGGAAACAAUUCUUCUGUAAUUAAAGGGAGAUGUAUAAUUUUUUGGUGCCAGCCUGUGCUGCCAGUUGCCAGAAGAGGCAAAGUCCAGCUUGAUUUCUUCUGCUCUGGUUUCUCAGAGAGCCACUGAACCCAGCAGAAUUGUUUUGCUGCUUAUAACUAUGAAAGCUGUUUUGUCUUUACUGCAGUGGCAGAAUGACAGGCCAGUCCUACCUCAAUGGUGAGAGGGGGAUCACAAAUACUGAUCUCUUCUUGUGCCAGAUAUAUGUAGAAAGAGUCCUCAUCUCUCAGCACGGCAGUCAGCCUGAGCAGGUGGUUCUCUCCCAGCUCUUUUCCAAACCAUGUGUGAGGCACRGAGACCUGCAGGUUUUGGACUGGAAUAAAGUGGUGAGAUAAUGGAUGAUGAGUUCAGUCUGGUC